UGGACGCGCUGGGUGGAUGCGGGGGGCUCCUGGGAACUGGGCUGGAGCCGAGCUAGCGCUAGCCAGGCGCAAGCGCGCACCGAGAACCGUCCGAGGACCACCCCCCCCCAGUCCACCCGGAGACCCCCGCGCAGGGCCGCCGCUGGACCCCCGGCAGCCGGUGGGAGACGAUGACGACGACGAAGAGGAAGACGAAGAGGAGGAAAUUGACGUGGUCACCGUGGAGAAGCGUCGGUCCUCCUCCAACAACAAGGCUGUCACCACCUUCACCAUCACCGUGCGCCCCAAGAACGCAGCCCUGGGCCCGGGGCGGGCGCAGUCCGCCGAGCUGAUCCUCAAGCGCUGCGUCCCCAUCCAUCAGCAGCACAACUACGCCGCCCCCUCCCCGUUCGUGGAGAGCGAGGAGGCGCCGCCCCAGAAGAAGAUCAAGAGCGAGGUGUCCCCGCGCCCCCUCAAGAGCGUCGUUCCCCCAAAGGCUAAGAGCUUGAGCCCCCGCAACUCUGACUCGGAGGACAGUGAGCGCCGCCGGAACCACAACAUCCUGGAGCGCCAGCGGCGCAACGACCUGCGCUCCAGCUUCCUCACGCUCAGGGACCACGUGCCAGAGCUGGUGAAGAACGAGAAGGCCGCCAAGGUGGUCAUUUUGAAAAAGGCCACCGAGUACGUCCACGCCCUCCAGGCGGAGGAGCACCAGCUCCUGGUGGAGAAGGAGAAAUUGCAGGCACGACAGCAGCAGCUGCUAAAGAAAAUCGAACUCGCUCGGACUUGCUAAACAGUUCUCAAAACUGGACGGUCACUGCCACUUUGCACAUUUUGAUUUUUUUUUUUUAAAGACAAAUAUUGUGUUGACAUUAAGAAUGUUGGUUUACUUUCAAAUCAGUCUCCUGUUGGCGAGUUUGGAUCUGGGUGGGGGAAGCAGGACGAGUGGGGAUUCUGCCAGGAUCUUAGGACUGGGCCUGCUGCGGGCCCUGCUUGGUAGCCCUCUUUCAGUUUCCCUCCACCUCCCCUCUGAGAUGUGGGAGAAGGUCGUGAUAAGUGGAGGUCCUUUGGGACUGUUGAAGUCACCUUGUAACAAGUUUCCAAACAACAGUCAUUCCUUCUUUUUUUUUUUUUUUAAAGAAAAAUGGUGCUUACGUCCCAGCAGAUGUCACUUAAAGGGGUUUGCCAUUUGAUACCCCUGGGGAAGAUCUCUGUAAAUACCAUUGACAACACUGCCUUUUGUACAUGUCGUGGGUAAUGAGAGGUGGCUUUCUCGGCCAGUAUUAGACUGGAAGUUCAUACCUAAGUACUGUAAUACCUCAAUGUUUGAGGAGCAUGUUUUGUAUACAAAUAUAUUGUUAAUCUCUGUUAUGUACUGUACUAAUUCUUACACUGCCUGUAUACUUUAGUAUGAUGCUGAUACAUAACUAAAUUUGAUACUUAUAUUUUCGUAUGAAAAUGAGUUGUGAAAGUUUUGAGUAGAUAUUACUUUAUCACUUUUUGAACUAAGAAACUUUUGUAAAGAAAUUUACUAUAUAUAUAUAUGCCUUUUUUCCUAGCCUGUCUCUUCCUGUUAAUGUAUUUGUUCAUGUUUGGUGCAUAGAACUGGGUAAAUGCAAAGUUCUGUGUUUAAUUUCUUCAAAAUGUAUAUAUUUAGUGCUGCAUCUUAUAGCACUUUGAAAUACCUCAUGUUUAUGAAAAUAAAUAGCAAUUAAAUGAU